GUCAUCAGUUGAAGGGAAGAUGCCCAUCUCGUAUCAGAUUAAAUUUCGCACUAAAUAAAACUACAAUCUCUUGAAAUUUAGCUCUGUAGGGAUUAAAUUGCUGUCGCCGAUGAUACUCACGGGCUAGAAUGAGCUGUCGCUUGGUCAGCUUCGUGCCUGAAGUGGGCAGAAAGUUCAGUUCCAGCAGAGCCACCUGACAUAGGAGAGAACAGCGUCAACUGAUGGAACAGAGGUACAGCGGGCAGCUUCUUGAGGAGGAUGCACUGCUGCAGGCAGCGGGAGAGGGGCCACGGUCUCCGCAAUUCACCGCCUUGUGUUCCUGGCUGGCGUCUGAACUGAAAGCCGUGAGCUCGCUGGAGGAAUGCAUCACCACGACCACAAGCCCUGAAGAUUCUGAAACCUUCCAGCUGGAAGUCAGCGGGUUGGUCAGUGAGUUGCAGUGUCCAUAUCCAACUCUCACCACAGGAAAUGUAACCUCUAGACUGAACAACGCAGAGAGCUGCCUCCAACUUCUGUUGUUCCUGGGCUCAGAACUGCAGGCAGCAAGGGUCCUACACGCCAGGAGGCCCUCACUGGCACAGCACCAAGUACCGAGGGACACUGGUGAUGAUGGCGGUGAGAUCCUCCGAGAACUGCAGGCCCUGUGCCAAGCGCUGGGCAUGGCUGAACCAACCCGAGACGUCCCCGUGCCACAGCUAUUCCGAGACCUGGAAACCCAAAUCCGAGAUGUCAGUUCUGGAUUGGUGCCGGAUGGAGUGGGAAAACCCUUGCUGAGCAGGAGCCUGGACCCCGAUCAAUGGGAACACCUGAAGGAGAUCCAUCGAGCGAUGUGCAUUGAGUACGAGUGCCGCAGGCAGAUGUUAAUCAGCCGCCUGGAUGUGACAGUGCAGUCAUUCCACUGGUCCGAGGGAGCAAAGCAACACAAAGCUGUGAUGGUGCAGUCGUAUGAGCCUCUGCGACAGGCCCUCUGUGCCAGAAGCGGUAUAACCCUCGCCCACCUGCUGUCUGCUCGGGAGGACCUGUCCGUAAUCACCAAAACCACCUGCGAGAGCAGCCGAGAGAAAACUGCGUGCCCUGUUAACAAGGUCCUGAUGGGUCCUGUGCCCGAUCGGGGCGGGCGGCCCGGUGAGAUGGAGGCUCCAAUGCCCACGUGGGAGGACCGACGCGGAGGUGGUGGUGGAGGUGGUGGUGGGAGAAAACAGAAAUGGAGGGGCAAAGGGCGUAAACACAAAUGAAGCUAAACCGGGAGCCCUCCCACUCCUCUUUUCAUCACCCCCACCCCCCCUCCCCACCCCGAGGGGGGCCGAGGGUGGCGGGGGGGAGGAUGGUAGGGCGGGAGCAUGGAAGUACUGAAACUGCUCUGAACUGUUGGAAUGCCCUCCAUAUCGGGAAGCGAGUUAAAUCGAUGUGUGGCGCUGCAGUGGUAAGAGGGCCAACAUGCCACCAUAAACAUCGGGCACCUCCAUCGAGCAGUUCGGCACCUGGCAGCGUUUGAUGCACACUGACUGGUGGGCGGGGUGGGCGUAGAAGUCUUCUGCAUUGUUUAAACCCCCCCCCCCCCAACACCUUUCGCCAGCUCACUGCAAGUGAGGCCACGACAUCCCACCCAAGUGCCGAUGAGCAACGCUGAGCACCCAGGAUGUUAGGAAUGGUUUGAAGUGUGGCUAAUGAAGGACGGCAGCGCUCGGGCGCAUGCAGCAUCUCACCAGGCCGUCACAGCAUUGGAAGUCCUCCUGCAUUGUGGAUUACAACGGAGUGCGGAAUUUCUGGUGUAGGUGAGGCUGUGCGUUCGGCACCGUUCCCUCUUAACCGGCUGGCCUUCGUUACAGAUUUUUUUUUUUAAUAUAGGGGUGGAAAAACAUUCUGUUUGGGUCUAGUCGAUUGUGACUGAGCCGCUGGGAGUUGUGGACAAUCUGGUCCUUCCUCUGUCCUAUCAGCUGCUGGGCUUAUUGGGAAAAGGAGGCAAGUUGGGAGAGAAAGAUAAGGGGUUGUGUGCACGACGAGAGAACUCAUUUUCCUUGCUGGGCAACUAUUCUGGUGCCAGGGGCUACGCUGCUGCCUGAGCCAGUAGCUUUAUCUGCAUCAUGGUUUGCAUUCAGCGGGUUCCUUUACUGGCGCCUCGCUGUAGAGGGAUAUGUUAAAAUUACUGUAAAAGUUUUUUAAUUGAUUUCCUUUUUUUUUGUUUGGAUCUUCAUGUGGUUGCCAGGAUAUGAGCUAUUUUUGCAUUGAGGUUGGAUGCCGAGUAAUUUUUA